AUGGGACAGACGCAUAGUCGUCAAUUGUUUGUACAUAUGUUAUCUGUGAUGUUAAAACAUCGGGGAAUUACUGUUUCCAAACCUAAAUUAAUCAAUUUUCUUUCAUUUAUUGAGGAAGUUUGCCCUUGGUUCCCCAGAGAAGGUACAGUAAAUUUAGAAACAUGGAAAAAGGUAGGGGAACAAAUUCGGGCUCAUUAUACUCUACAUGGCCCUGAAAAGGUGCCUGUUGAAACUUUAUCCUUUUGGACACUAAUUCGUGAUUGUCUGGACUUUGAUAAUGAUGAAUUAAAACGUUUAGGAAAUUUAUUAAAACAGGAAGAAAAUCCUCUACAUGUUCCUGAUCCGGAACCCAGGUAUGCUGUUCCCAAGGGAGUUGAAGGCGACCCUCCGUUUUCUAAAUUAUCGCGUCCUUCAGAUAAUGAUGAUUCACUUUCAUCCACAGAUGAGGCGGAAUUAGACGAAGAAGCUGCUAAAUACCAUCAAGAAGAUUGGGGUUUUUUAGCACAAGAAAAGGGGGCAUCAACAUCUAAAGAUGAUUUGAUUGAAUGUUUAAAAAACCUCACUGUUGCUUUACAGAGUUCCGGAAUUAAGCUUCCCAUUAGCAACUCUAAAUCUCCUUCUGCUCCGCCUCUGCCCCCUGCCUAUGCUCCUUCCAUUAUAGCAGGUCUCGAUCCCCCUCCGGGGCCUCCUCCUCCUCCUCCUCCAUCUGAGAUUGUGUCUCCGCUGCAAAAGGCAUUGAAACAAGCACAACGACUUGGUGAGGUCGUCUUCGACUUUUCUUUUGCCUUUCCUGUCUUUGAAAAUAACAACCAGCGUUUUUAUGAAGCUCUGCCUUUCAAACAAUUAAAAGAGUUAAAGAUUGCUUGCUCACAAUACGGUCCUACCGCUCCAUUCACUGUUGCUAUGAUAGAAAAUUUGGGUAGUCAAAAUCUACCCCCAAAUGAUUGGAAACAAAUAGCUAGGGCCUGUCUUUCGGGGGGAGAUUAUUUACUAUGGAAAUCUGAAUAUGCUGAACAGUGUGCUCGUAUAGCCGAUGUCAAUCAGCAACAAGGUAUACAGACUUCCUACGAAAUGUUGGCUGGUGAAGGUGCUUUCCAGGCUACUAAUACUCAACUUAACUUUUUACCUGGUGCAUAUGCACAAAUAUCAAAUGCGGCUCGACAGGCAUGGAAAAAACUUCCUAACUCCAGUAUUAAGACAGAAGAUCUCUCAAAAGUCCGACAGGGACCUGAUGAGCCUUAUCAGGACUUCGUGGCACGGCUCUUAGAUACUAUAGGUAAGAUAAUGUCAGAUGAAAAGGCUGGGAUGGUAUUUGCAAAACAAUUGGCUUUUGAAAACGCUAAUUCUGCCUGUCAAGCUGCUUUACGACCUUAUAGAAAAAAGGGAGAUCUGUCUGAUUUUAUUCGCAUUUGUGCUGAUAUUGGACCCUCCUACAUGCAAGGUAUUGCUAUGGCAGCGGCAUUACAAGGAAAAAGCAUUAAAGAGGUACUUUUUCAGCAACAAGCCAAGAACAAGAAAAGAUAUCAAAAGUCAGGUAAUUCGGGUUGCUUUGUUUGUGGUCAGCCUGGCCAUCGGGCUGCAGUGUGCCCUCAAAAACGACAAAUCCCUGCUAAUACUCCUAAUUUAUGCCCACGAUGUAAAAAAGGAAAGCAUUGGGCACGGGAUUGUCGUUCCAAAACGGAUGUUCAAGGUAAUCCUUUACCCCCGGUUUCGGGAAACUGGGUGAGGGGCCAGCCCCUGGCCCCGAAACAAUGUUAUGGGGCAACACUGCAGGUUCCAAAAGAACCAUUGCAGACCUCUGUCGAGCCACAAGAGGCAGCGCAGGAUUGGACCUCUGUGCCACCUCCUACACAGUAUUAA